CCCAGACCCUCGUCUUCUCAUUGGUUGCCUUGCUUUUCCUUCUCUUUUCAGUUCCUUUUAAACACUAUUUCCGUCCCAAUCCUUCAUCUUCUCAUUGGUUGCCUUCCUUUCCCUUCUUUUCAGUUCCUUUUAAACGCUAUUUCCGUCCCAAACUUUCGUCUUCUCAUUGGUUGCCUUCUUUUUCUUUCCUUCCAGUUCCUUUUAAACGCUAUUUUUCCGAGCCGAAGUCCCGCCCUCUAUACGCAGUUGCAGGUGCGUAGUUGUCCUGCUCCUCUCGGGUUGGUCAAAGACCUGUCUAUCAAAUCAGGACGUCGAACGUAGAACCCAUCGCCGCCGGCGGAGGGCCCGCCCCCUCCCGAAAGCGUCCCGAACAAUUUCAAGAUGGCGGUGGCGGAGGCGGCGCGGAAAACAAUGGAAAUAGGGCCGCGGGGGUCGGCCAGGCCCUGAGGCGGGGGAUCGCGGCCUCCGCCGGGAAGACGCUCGGUGCCCUGGCCUGCUGGGCCGCCGCUUGGUCCUUAGUGCGCGGCGCCGGCCUCGGGAUUAUGGCUCUACUAUAGGGAAAGCCGCCGCCGCCGCCGCCGCCGGGAAAGGGAAGGGGAAGGAAGCAACCACAGGGGCCCGGGCCCGGCUCGGGCCACUCGGGAGCAACACCGGAGGAGGCGGCGCGGCCCGGCGCCCGCGGCGGCCCAUGGUGCUGCUGCCGCCCCCCUGCCCCAUGGCGGAGUUCGCGAUACCGCGGCACAGCGCGGUCAUGGAGCGCCUCCGCCGCCGUAUCGAGCUGUGCCGGCGGCACCACAGCACCUGCGAGGCCCGCUACGAGGCCGUGUCGCCCGAGCGCCUGGAGUUGGAGCGGCAGCACACGUUCGCCCUGCACCAGCGCUGCCUGCAGGCCAAGGCCAAACGCGCCGGCAAGCACCGGCAGCCCGCGCCGCCUGCCCCGGCCCCGGCCGCCCCGCCGCCCGCCCCGGCCCCGGCCCCCGCCGCAGCCGUAGAGGGUUCGGACAGCAGCGCCGCGGAGCAGAGCCGCACCAGCAGCGCCCUUAUCGCGCAACUCCAUGAAUCGGUGAAGAGGAAUAGGGAUAGUGCUGGCUCCCCUCAGAAUGGAGAUCAACAGAAUGGGUAUGGAGAAAUGUUUUCCGUACACAAGAAACCCCGCCAUGACGAUACUCUGGGGGUUAAUGUGUCUUCAAAUGGAAUGCCUCCGUUGUCCCCACUGCAUCAGCUUGACAAGUCAUCUGGAGGAGAUGCCUUACAGCCCAAUGGAAAACAUUCACUGGGACUAGAUGCCAUCAACAAAAAAUGUCUCCCAGAUUCUAACCUACAUUCAAAUGGCAGCAGUAAUGCAACUGAUUCGUUUCAAAUGAGUUUGAAUAAAGAACUGAAACAAGAGCCUGUAGAUGAUCUUCCUUGUAUGAUCUCUGGAGCAGGUGGUUCUAUGUCUCAGAACAACUUAAUGCCUGACCUGAACCUUAAUGAGCAGGAGUGGAAGGAGCUCAUUGAUGAACUCAAUAGAUCAGUGCCUGAUGAAGACAUGAAGGAUCUAUUUAAUGAAGAUUUUGAGGAGAAAAAGGACACAGACACCUCAAGUUCAGCUACACAAACCCCAUUGCCACAAGACAUCAAUAUUAAGACUGAAUUUUCGCCAGCAACCUUUGAGCAGGAACAGUUAGGAUCUCCACAAGUAAGAUCCACAUCUUCAGGGCAGACCUUUAUCGGGUCAUCCUCUGUGGCUGUGAGUACAGCCUCUCCAGUUGUAGGCGGCUCUCAGACUGGGUUCCAGGCUUCUAGUCAGCCUGGGGCUGAAACUCCCAACCCAACCAUGAUGCAGGCAUCAAACCAGCCUCAGAAUGUACAGAGGCCUCUAGCCAAUGUCUUGUUAUCCGGUCAGAGCUCUGGAGGGAGCAAAGAAAUGUCCUCUGCCCACCAGCUUCAGCAGAUAGCUGCCAAGCAGAAGAGAGAUCAGAUGCUUCAAAACCAACAGCAAACUCAGCAGGUUCACCAGCCUGGGCAAAUGACCAACUGGCCACAGUCUGCUCCUUCUCAUAGUCCACUAGCUGUCCCCUACUCUGUGGAGAACCCAACUAGCCCUUCAGUUUACCAGCAAGAUUUCAGUAACCAGAAACUCAUGAUGUCCAGCAUGGCCAAUAAGAGUUCUCCUAGAACUGGAGCUAAUUACCUCCCUCCGAGCCACGUGGGCCUGCUGUCUCACCAGCCCAGCACCUUGAACCAGAACUCUGUGGCUGGCCAAGGGGCUAUGCUUGACUAUGGCAACACCAAACCUCUUUCCCAUUACAAAGCCGAUUGUGGACAAGUUUCUGGCCAAAAUAAGGCACCCAUGUUGGCCUAUCUGCCACAGCAGCUGCCUCAUAUGAACGAAGAACAAAAUGCAUUGUUUAUGUUGAAAGCGAAGCCUGGAAAUAUUCCCUACAGACCACUGGUUCCUCAGAGCCAGGACCAGACCCCUUCUAAUGUUCCUCGUGUCCCAGUAUCUGUGCCAGCAUCGAGCGUUGGCACCCAGCCACCAGCUGUAUCCAUGGCAAGUACCCAUGGCACUGCUGCCUAUCUCAACACCCAGCAGCAAGCAGCAGCAAUGAAGCAGCACCAGCUGUUGCUAGACCAGCAGAAGCAGAGGGAACAGCAACAGAAGCAGUUGCAGCAACAGCAGCAGCAGCAUUUCCUGAUAGGGCAGAGACAGCAGCAGCUUCUGGCUGAGCAGGAGAAGCAACGUCAGGAACAACAGUUUCAAAGACACCUGACCCGACCACCACCUCAAUACCAAGAGCAAAACCAGACCACUUACCAGCAGGUUGGACAAUAUACAGGGUCAUCAGCUGCAAUGGCUGGAGUGAAUAGCUUGGGUCCAUCCAACUCUGGUAGUCCCCGCAUGUUUCCUCAGAUUCAAAUUGGACCUGGACAUGGCUCCGUUUCCUCCAUUCCUUCCAAUCCAGGCCAACAGGAUCGAAGUGUGGCUCAGUAUACUGGUACACAGAGCCUUCAGAGAGGAAACCUGUACAGCAUGGCAUCUGGCAUGACUCAGAUGGUCCCCCAGCACACACCUCAGGCCUCCAAUGGUCAUGCCCACAUGCCACGGCAACCUGGCGUUGGCCAAAGCAGUGCUGUUCCAGCUAGCUAUGGUCAGAAUGCCCUGGGAAGCGCUGGGCUUCCUCCACAGCACAGUAAGGGGGCCCUGAACCCCACUUUGUCUAAGCCCUCCUUGCCCAGAGUGCCCGCAGCCGUGGGAGCCCCAAAUCCAUCAUGGCAGCACCAAGGCGUGCCAAGCAUGAACAGUCAGCCACAGGGGAGCAGCAGUGGGAGCCCUUUUCCUGCCACUUCCACUUUCCACAUGCAGCAGCCCCACCUUAAGAUGACCAGCCAGCAGUUCCCUCAGGGAGGGCCUCAGGUGAACCUCGGCACCAGCCGGCCAAUGACAUCCAUCAGCUCUGCCGUGUCAGGACAGAUGAUGUCAUCCAUGAACACACAGCAGAGGACGGCUGCAUCCGCCCCACAGCAGGUGCCCUCUCAGCAAGUCCUGCCUGGCAUGAGCCCGGCUGUCCCAGACCUGACUGCAUUCAGCCAAAAUCCAGGCCAGCAGCUGGCAAAUCGAGCCGCUCUGCACUGUGGUCAGAGCUACCAGGUGAGGACAGCAAACCAGGAGCUCCCUUUUACCUAUAGCGCCCCACCAGGCAACAGUGGGCUCCAAAAUAUAACCGGUGACACAGAUCUGAUAGACUCCCUGCUGAAAAAUAGGACUUCAGAAGAGUGGAUAAAUGACUUGGAUGAGUUGUUAGGAACACAUUAACAUGGAGUUCAGGGUAUCCUGGUUCUGCUACAACCUACAUUUUGGUUCUUAUCAUCGAGAACUAUUGGACCAAAAACCUGUGGCAUUGAGGAGCCUUGAAAAUAUAUUGGAAAUGGCCAGGAGAUGGACCCCUGUCACUUCCCACUGAGCUCAAAUGUCCUGUUCUGAUCGCACCUGCCGCCCACAUCUCCUGGGGACGCUCUGCAUGUGGGGCAGGGUUGCACAUUUAGAUGGGUGGGGCCCAUUGCAGUGGGCGCUUUCUGUCAGGAAUAUGCCAUGGUGGGGAGAACAACAGAAGGCUUUUAAAUGUACAUUUAUAUUGAAAAGACCAAAAAUGUAGUGUCGGACUGGAGGGAAAAAAAUCAGUGCCAUUUUAUUGACUAAACCCAGUUCCCCCCCCUCCUCCAUUUUCCAUAUUUUUAGAUGCUUUGGGUUUUUUUAAUGGUUUUGUAGCCAGAUUUUAUGCAAUUUGUUUCAUAAAGGUGAUAAAACACAUUUUGUCAAAUUCUAGGUUAAGUCGGUUGUGAUAUUAGCAAAUCUGGAGACUUGCCAUCCUGUCGUUAAUGGCAGACCUUUAUUUUCAUUUUUAGAAGGGAGUGGGAUGAGAUGCAUGUAAGAGAAAACCGGUAUUUUACCUUAGUCCACCAACAUCCCCAAAUCCACCUCAUUUCUGGCUAAGAGCGGUGCCUUGGAGUAUCUGAUGGUAGGAAGUUUCUGCUCAUUGCUGAGAUGAAAAGGAAGAGUUAACAUCAACCCGGGCAUGGGCUGCUGUUGGACUUCCUUGUGGCUGCCAACUUCAGUAGUUAGAUGUUGUUGCCAGUAACCACUCUUUUGAAGGACAUUGAGCCCUUCUCUCACUUGUUUAAAGAGAGACUUUCUUUUAAGAGAGAAAAAAGGUUUUUUGUUUUGGUUUGGUUUUUCGUAAGUGUUCUUGUUUCUUAAGGCUUGCCCUGCCCCAGUCCAUUGCUCCACCCUCCUGAUAGGGAGCUCUUGGGCUGUGGUUAGGUCAGGUUCCUUUGACUGACUGUGUGUCCAAGCCCAGAAAGGAAACUUUGGGCCCAAGAAGAGGGAGGCAGAAAACUCUUGACCUAGUGUGACGAAAGCAAAGUCCAAAUAACAGCAGCUUGUGCUACGGAAAUAGAUUUUUGGUUUGUCAUUUGUUCUUCUCCUGUCUUUCAAAGUCUCCCUUUAAACACUUCUUGGCUGGAGUGACUGAGUACCUACCUGUCCCCAAGAAAAUCGAAAUUCCUUUGCAACAAAUGCUGCCUGCAUAACAGCGUGAGCAUAGCAGGAAUCACCAAAGUGAUCCGUGAGGGUUGGGUUCAUUCAGGGUCAAAGAAACAGUGAUAGUGUUGGGUGUUUGGGAUGCCUGAGUUCUCAUGCGCCAUCACAACCUCCCUCUUUUAAUCCCCUUGAAAAUGAUUUUAAUUAAGCCUAUGAUCAUUUUAGAUUUCCCAAGACAAACUUUCACCCCCUAAAAGCGAAAGCUCUUUUGGAGAAAGUAUUCAAAUUGGAAUAAAAACCUCCUGGAAAUGUCCUGGCCCAACUACACAACUCUUAAGUAGAGGAAGGAUACCCCCCAAAGAUGUGGGGCCAGAGGAGAAUACAAAGAAAGGCUGGUUUGGGAGCUGUGUAUGGGGAAGGAAUGGCACAGACGUGAUAAUACAAUUGUAUUUUAUUGCUGUAUCUACAGUUCCUUUUAUCAGACAACUUGCACUUUAAAAAAAACAAACCUGCUUUUUAACACUAAGAUUUUCUUUAACCCUUUCUAUAUAUGCAUAUGAAUUUUUUUUAAGUCCCACAAACAUGCAUUGGGUAGAUUUCUGUGGUGUCCGGUCCCAUUGGACAGAUUUUUGACUGUUGCCUGAUGGGGCUAUACUUGCAAAAUGAAGGUGAAUGUUCACCUCCCACCACAUCCAGGUGUUAACAGCAGACCUUACAAACUCAUGUGCCCCCCAUUCGUUGGCUUAGAGAACAGCAGUGGAGUGGUGGUUAUAAAAUAAGAAGCCAGGGAAGGUGGCAUCCAUAAAGGUCAUCCUAGAUUGAUGCCUGAUCUUGUUUCUCUGGGCUCUCUUCACAUUAUUAUUAUUCCUUUUUUUGUUAACUCCAACAGAUUGUGGUUGAAGGUCACAUUCAAAGGAAAACUUUCAUGUAAAAAAAAAUCUGUCACUUUCCGGGCCAGGGUUUAGAAGAAAAGAUUGUAGCAUGUAAAUGUGGCGGAAAUGGUUUCAUACCAGCAGUGCCUUUGUCAUUAGGGAUGCUUGGGACCUCAGAAAUUCAGCAAUAGCCAUGACCCUUCGUAGGGUAAUAUUCACCAUUUUCCCUUUGAAAUGCCCUAAGUGGGGAAGGAGUUGAAAGGUCCAGAUCCUUCCUGCUUUUCAGUCGUCGUGCCCCUCCCCCCCCCCCCCCGAAUUCUUCAGAAAGUAUAUUUUGGCUUCUCAAAAUGCCAAAUCAGCCAGAACAGCCAAGUGGCUGGUCCCCUUAUUACCAAAAAUAGAUCAGUCCGUGUCUGUGACUGUAGCUGCCAUUGAGCAAAGCUGAACAGCCUGUGGCCUCUCUCCUUCCGCUGCUGUCCGGACAGCUCUUUGCCCUCAGUUCUUAGACAUGUGGCUGUCUAAAUAUGCAGUCGGGCUUCCCGUUUGCUGCAGCUUCAUAGCAAUAAGAUGCAACUCCUGGGACUCCCAGGGAACUGCCCAUGGCUUUAUUUAUGAACUCUUGUCAGGAGCAGGUAGGAAGAGGUAACAUCCUUACCUGCCAGAAACCAAGACUCAAAUCAAACGGUGCUUAGACUUUUGUUAUACACAUUUCCUUUGUGUAAAUAAAUGUUUACAGUUUUAUAUUGAAGAUGGAAUAAGAGUUAGAUCUUUUGACUGUAUAUUUUUUACUUUUUAUAGAUUUUAAAACUGUAUAAUUCUUUAUAUAUGUGGGGGGAGGGAGGUGGGGGAGUAUGGUAAGUUUUAUGCCUGUAAAUGGAGAACAGUCAGAAUCAAAUGCUAACCUUUGAUGCCCUGUUUUUGUAUAAAGAGCCUGUUAACCCCCUGAUUCUUCCACUUCACUUAACUCUGGCACACACCAAAAAGAGAACCUUCACUUUCCUGUUUUAUCAUUAUAUGAAAUAAUAAAAGUAUUUUACUAGUAUGAAAA